AUGGCAGGUGAGUGCAACUUAAUUGAUCACUUAGCUAUCUUCCUGUUGUUAGCGAAAAACAGCGGAAGACUCAUGUUCAAGAAAAAGGAGGAAGAAAAUCAAAGAAAGCUGGAAAUGUAAAAGUUGAGAGACAGGGUCCCUUGGGCACCUAACUGAAUAGGCCACUUUCGAUAUAUUAAAAUUCAGGAUGAAUUUAUGUCGAAAGUGUUCUACCGUAUUUAGAAAGCUGUAAUUAAGCGGUAAGGAAAAUUACUAGCUUUAAGUUACCCGCCUUGUAACUAUGGGGCAGAUGGUUUGAGCACAAAUCAAGUGGCAUUUGAUAUGAUUCUAGUCAGAUUCAGCUGACUGAAUUUUUAAUUUUGUCUUCUGAAGAACACCAGAAACCUACGAGUUCUACUAACAAAGACCAAGACAAUGAAAAUGGAAGUACUGAUACCACGGCUGCAAACCAUCACCAUAGCGACUCCUUAUUUCGAAGUGAAAGAGACACCUGGAAAACAGUACCCACAAAGGCUCAACACACAAGACCACCGAGAGGAGGGCCACAUCGUGGCAGGAGAAUAGCUAAUGCUACUCGAGGGGCGUCAAGCAGGUCGGUACCGCACCAAAAUCAGCGUGAAGAUGGUCGACAGCCAAUUCGUGGUAGAGGUACCAGGGGAAGAAGAGGGCGUAGUAUCAGCACGAACACACCAGGCCGUGGUCACGGAAGAGGAGGUAAGUUAAUUGUCGACAUCGUAGUUGUCAACUAACGAAAAACGGCUUCUUUAAAUGAAUGACUGAAGAGAUGAAGCACUCCGAUUACUUCCUUACACCGUUAAACUGUUGUACUUUAGUGGGCAUACCGUAUUUAUUCGAUUAAACGCCGCGGCCGGCCUUAAUUAAAUUUUUAGCGUUUUCAAUGAGGCGUUUAUUCAAGGGCGGCGUUUAUUUCGAAAUCACUUUUUAUAUAUAUAUAUAUCACUGACAACAGUUAUUGUAUGUUAUUAUGCUGAGAUAGAAUCGUAAACGUCUGGAUGGUGUAAAUUACCAAGUUGUACCGAGGUUUUUGGAGUAAACGCCGCAUUCUUCUGAUUAGGUGCGGCGUUUUUUUUAAUAUUCGAGGGUCGCGUUUAUUGGUAAUUUUGUUUCCAUCUGCGGCGUUUAAUCGAGGUUGGCGUUUAUUCAAGGGCGGCGUUUAAUCGAAUAAAUACGGUAAUAAGGAACGGGUUGGAAGAAUUUGCUUUAGAAAAUGCUCUUUGGAAUAAGUUAAAGAUAAAAGUUAGAUAUAUUUUGGCUUAGAAUUUUGAUACAAAUCAUGAUGCCGAACAUGGCAUGGUGUGUAAAUUAAAAUUUAUACACCAUAAAAUUUCACUUUGAUUGGCUUGAAAAAAAAGCCAAUUGGAAAAAAAUUGGAUAAGAUUGGCUUGAAAAAACCUCUUCAAAUUAACUAUCGGGCUCUAACAGUACAAUUUGAAAAAAUUCAAACAUUUUCAGUUCUCUUGGCAAUGUUUUUGCCCGUCCGUGGCUUCAUACGCCACUAACCUACCCGGCGACAAUCGUAAGUCGUUACUACUUUCAAAUCUGCGAAGCUGCACUCGUAACAACUUCGAAAACAUGCGGCAGUAGAUUCUAGGAUGCGACUUCUUUUUCCUAUAUCGGAAAUGUAAUUCAGGCGGAUUUGUCGCAGUCAGGUCGAUGUUAAUAUCAGAACCAGCGUGUUGACCAAAUACCAGAUCACGGUGUCUUGCUGUACUGAGCACAUGGUGUUCUUCUUUUCUGUUAACCGCAUCAAUCAGCCGUAUUUUCCGUAUUUACGCUAGGCGUCUUUAACGUCUUAUAUAAACAUAUCCGGCAAUAUUUAUUUAUUUAUUUAUUUGCUCCUUAUUUAUUUAUUUAAUCAUUUAAUCACGCAGGGCCUAACAGCCAGCCCGGAGCAGUGCAACGGCAACGUUACGAUCCAGUCUUCUUAGGUUUUACACAACCUGAUAUCAAGUACGAGUGGAACAAGUUGUAUGUCUUGGGACUGCGUCACAAAUCAUCACGAGACAGCUUAAAGAAUUUCAUGGAGCUGGUCAGCGGCGGCGCCUAUAAAGUAAGGCAUUUGGAGUGGUUUGGAAAUGGAAAAGCUAUCGUGACAUUGAACACUAAAAAACUCUCAGGACCAGGUAAAACUUAAAAGUAAGCAGUAAAUUGACAGUUUCAAUAAUUAAGCAUUGACCUCAAGUAUUUUGAAGGGAGUCAGAUCAUAACAUACAUUCGUUGGGAUUCCUUGUCCUAUUACAAUCAUAACACUAAUAACAAUACUAACACCUUGUAAUCUUAACAUUUACCUCAUGAAUAGAUUGAAAGAUUUAGGCACCUUUGUCUCCAAAGAGGAUUUCGAAUGUUGGCUUAUCUUAUUUGCCCAAUCCGGUACAGAAUUUUUUCAUAGAUUUUAGAAAAUAAGAACCUGUUUAAAAUUUUUAGGCUAAAAGGUGGCAAAUUUUAGCGUAACAGGUUCUUACAAUCCAGGUUCUUAGUCGCCGGGUUUUAUUGUAUCAUCUUUAGCAAACUUGCGAGACGCCGAUGAGGGCUCUCGAAAUUACUCCAAAGGGAUCGCCAUAAAUAUAGAUCUACAGUCUUUGUCACAAACUCUAAAUGUGUCUUCGGAAAAAAAGUCCGUCGAAGUAAAACCCAACCUCGGUUAAAAAGUGUACAUGUUGAUUUAGGCUUAACAAUAUUUAUUUUACCUAAGAUUUUUCAAAUAUGCUGACCGAAGCGAAAAGAAGACCACAAGAAGGCGUGAACUACGUCAUUGAAAGGGCGCCAGAAUGCAAGAGCAUUUUUGUCAGUGAGUUUUCCGAGGACACCACAGUGGAGCAAGUUGAAGCUUAUUUUGAUGAAGUUGGUUCUUUAGAUCUGGCUCGCGGAGUGCAGGUAAACCAUCGACUUUGGGAGGAAGAUAAAAAGCACAAGAGAGCUAUUGUCUACUUCAAAGACAAAAGAAGUAAGUAACAUUUUCUAAGCUCCUUUUCUACUAAGUUUCGACCCCACGUAAUUUCAGGUUUCGUACACGGCCUAUUAAACAUCAGUGUCGGAUCCAGACCUUGAGGUCUCCAAAAUCCCCUGGAUCCGCCACUGAGGUAUGCCUCGAUUCCCGCCUCUCUCUCUCGGGUCCGGCCAUGUUCCCGAACAGCGGCUGGUAAUCAAACCUACAUACUUGUCAAUACUGAUAUGUAUGGGAAAAUGCCUCAGCUCCGCGAAGCCUUCUCAAAGAUGGUGAAUCCUAAUGAAUUUGUGAAUCCGAAAUAGGAAACGUCCUUGUUUGGUUUUAUGUUGGAUGAAAAACUCUUCGCCAUCAACCUUAACACAGAAGUAUUAUGAUGAUUUUACUUUCGAUGUAAUACGCACCCCUAAUACUGAGAUUGGAGUAAGAUUUUAUAAGACAACUGAACGUUAUUGUUUAAUUAAAUGAACGGAUCUUGAGCCACGUUUGUGGCGUCAGUUUAUUGUAUUGCAUCCCUGCAGGAGCCAGAAGGGACCUUUAGAUCCCGCGACGACGGCAAUAGCAACGGCAACGAGGGUGCCUCUUUGUGCGUGCAGCGCACUUUUUUGCACAUAUAUUAGCCGUACCUGCACGACGACGACAUUAAAAUUUAUUUUAUGUUCUAAGCAGGGCGUAGACAAGCGAAAACGAAAUGUUUUUUUUUCUUGUGAACUUGGGAUAUAGUUCUUAGGAAUUCAGCUCCAAGAGAGUUCGGCUACAUAAUAUUUUCACAAAGGCUGUAAGUAUGAGUGAAUUGGAAUAAUCAUGAUAAAGAUUGAGAGAACGUGAAUCCUCUCUUUAAUUGGCUUUUUCGACGCCGUCCUCGGAUCUUAGAGGAUGGCUAAAUCGCAUUGGUAGGUGGGUCGUGGGUCGUACGUCGUGGGAUGUGGGUCGUGGAAGGUGAGUCGCACACGAGUCAGUGGCCUCCGUCUUUCGUGUUAAGUCCACAGUCACAUAAUUUUUCAAUAAAGCGAGACCAGUCCAUAUCUUUUUAGUGAAACCAACCUGAUUAUCAAAGCGGUGUGGUUAAAGCCUUUUUUCAGGAUAUUUUUAAUUAAAAUCUCAUCACUGCUUUGUAUACCCUUCAGAAACCGGCUGAUGCAGCAGGAUAGUCCUGAUCAAUACCGGAAUCCUCUUAACGAAUGGACUGGUCUGUCCGGGCAGUUCUAACUAAGGUCAAGUGCUCUGAGAUAGCUUUUGAUUCAAAGACGUUCAGUCCUGCUACUGAUAUUAACACACUUUCAUUAUUUGUUAGUUGGCGCGGCCUACCUUUUUUAUCACAAGUUUUAGUACCCUAGGAAAUUUGCUAGCAAAGGUAGUGAAAAUGGGUGAAAAUUGUUAAAAUUGAAGGCGACAAACUGGGUACGCGUGUUGGGUGUAAAGUUGUCAAAAAACAAACCAAAAAAGCAUAUGUUCAUGACUUCAAUUUCAUAACGAGAUUAUUUCAUAUCAUCUUAGAAUAACUUAAACGAGGCCUGGAAAGAAAAUUGAUGGCACGAAGGUUUUCACACCCUGUGAUUUGCCCAUAAAGUGUUAUGUUCUCUAUGAACAAAUGUUAUCAGUUGAAGUUAAAACUUCUUUACACGGACUACCACUAGAUCUGUGAUUUAGGCUUUUAAAUAUUGUCACUCAAAGGAAGUUUGCUGUUACUAAAAUAGUGCUAGAAUUGACGUGUUUAAAUGGUGAUGAUUGGUCAUAAUUUGUUUUAUGGAAUAGUCUUCCCUAAACUAAAUGCCUAAUUUGAUUUAAAAGCCAUACUGGAAGGUUUUUGUCCAACGAUAUAGAAUGUGAAACAAAGGCCGGGAUUAAGGAGUGUUUUUUCUUUUUUAAAACUGGAAGUGGUUUCAUUGGACGCAUGUGCAUUUCACUAUGUACGCAGAGUGUGCGAGGAACAUGCAGGAAAAUGGAAGAGGACCAGGGAGGAUAGACUUAGGCCCAGCUCCCGGUCUCUCCCAUCGCUCACUUUGCCACCGAAAACAUAAAAAAAUUCUAGCUCGCGCAUUGCGCUGGAGAAAAAUUUUGAGCUCUACUUAUGAGCAAGUCUACGAGGAGGAAAUAUUUCGUUGAUAAGUUUGCAUUACUAAAUUUUAUCGGAGAAACUUUACAUAAAUGUUAGGGGUCGUGUAAAGACAGUAAAGGGAGACGGUGCCUUCAAAGUCUAAGAGCAAGAGUCUUUUCGAAGAGCCACUAUCCACAAAGCAUGACGGCUAUUAUUAGGCACGAUGCACGACCAACGACGCACGACCCACGGCCCUCGACGCACGACUCACGACCCACCCACCCACGCCAAUUAGUCAAUCUCCGGAUCUUAAGGUCCCUAUUGACAUCAGUUUUCCAAGGCAGAGAGAGUCAUGGAUCAAGAUAGGUCAAAGCACCCCGUAAUUUUUUCUUAUUACUACUUUUGUGUGUUUUUCUCUGUGUAUCACAGGUGUAAAGAAAGCAACGACGAUGGAUCACUUUUUAAAUGAAAAAGCCCUUCACGUGGAGGCUUUUUACCCUUACAUGGGAAUAACUGGUGAAGAUAAGCAACCAAAGGGAUCAUUGCGACCUCUUCCAGGUGAACCUGAAGGAUCCAGACAACCAGAAUUCUACAAGUCAGUUAAUCGGGACUUAAUGGAAUUUGUAAUGAAGUCAAACCAAGAGGUGAAACUGAGGGAAGAGCUAGACUUGAAAGAACGUGCUCGAAUCAGGUGGAACGAAGAUGCAUAUGUGCUGAUUAAAUAUGGUGGACAUAAAGUGGACCAGGAGUUCGAUGAACAGGUUUGGAAACGCCACUGUUCUGAUAUCGUCGACGCAUUUCUCGAUAACUGUUGUGCUAAAGAUUUUCCACUGGAAGAGGAAAUUUUGGACGAAGUUGCCGAUCAGCUGCCGCAAGUCGAAAGGGCACUUCCGAAACUCACAGCGCAAGUAAAAUUACAAAAGGAAUCUUGCCAGCUAAUACUGAUAUGUCAAAAAUCAAAUAUGCCCGAUUUUGAAGAAAGGCUAAAGGUUCGCCUCAAAGACAUCAAACGAGAGGUCCUUGAGAGAAAGUUGGAGCAGAAGAGAAAAACAGACAUACCUUGCGAAAAGCUGCAACUUCUUCAAAAUGCCAGAAUUGAAGAUAUACUGAAGAAAGAAAUUAAUACCGAAAUUCAAGCGAAACUCGACUUAGGCAGCAAAAGCCUUGUCGUUAAAACACCUAAAGAUCUGAUGGCGUCGGUCAUGUCAUACCUGAAGCUGCGUCUGGACGAAAUCGACCACAAUUCCAUGCCUUAUCCUCCAGAGAUUUUAGACAUCUUAAAAACCAAAGUCGGGAAACGAAAGAUGGCGGCUGAACUGCCAGAGGGGUGCUCCUUCAACGUCGACGAGAAAACCAAAAAGGUCAUCCUUAUCGGGCGAACACCGGAGGAAACUAUACAAGGCAGGACGAAGGCGAUGGAAGUGCUAAUCAGCGACCGAAGUCUCGUUGUUAACGACAGAGAUAACCAUCUCAUAGGAUCCGAAAAGUGGAAAGAUCUUUGUAAGAAAUUGGAAAAGCGGCUUAAGAUCCGCACAAAACGAGAACUAUCUUGCAUUGCCGUCUUUGGGUUCAGGCAAGAUGUCUCAGAAGCUGUUACCAAAAUGAGGGACUUUCUUAACGAGAAGAAAGCAACAGAAGGAGAGUUCAGACUAGGUUCGUCGAUACAUCGAAGGUUCUUCAAUGAGUUCUACAAAGAUGAACUAUCCAAAAUCAAAGAAGAGCUUGCAAUUGCCUUUCACGCAGUCGAGAUUUCUUUAGAUGAAAACGGCGAUCGAAUAGUCUUUUCUGGAACUGAGGAUGGCGUAAAGGAGGUAGAGGAGAGGUUGUACCUUUUGCAAGAGCAAAUUAAAGAGAAGAUGUUUAAUAUUUCCACACCAGGCAUGCGAAGCUUCUUAGCUCAAGAGGAUGGAAAACGGUUGAUCGCAGCUGUAGAACAAGAGCAAAAGUGUGUUAUCGAAAUUACGGAACAAAACGGAGACCAACGUGAAGACGAUGAAAGUGACGACGAUGAGCCAUUGAGCACCGGUAGUGACGGUGAAGACGAGGUUGAUGAAAAUAAAGAAACCAUAGUCACCUCAGCGGGAAAAAAGGUUAUCUGGAAGACAGGAAACAUUGAAGAAGAAAAGGUUUGCCUUACUAUUCUUUUUGCACUUAUUCACCCUGAAAAGGAACACCAAAAACCAAACCAAAACAAACAAGUGAACGAGUUCACAAUACAACGCUUUUGUGAAAACUUCGUUUCAUUUACUGAACCGUAGUAAUUCCCACUCUAACUUCCGGUUUGAUCUGGAAAGUGUCUCCAAAGGUUUAUCAGGUUUUUGAACUGAUAAAGUUUUACCCGCUCUAAAUAAGUUAGUUUGAGAGAACACAAGGUAUAGGCCAUCGGACCAGUAUAUCGAUCUGACGAAACUGUUAUUCAUUGCAGGCAGAUAUUUUAGUGUGUUCUGUGGGCUCAAACUUUAAACUCUCCAUUGGUGCGGUUGCAACUGCGAUGAGCAAAGCCGCUGGACCAGCACUGCAAAAAGCCUUGAGAGAAAAAGAGGAUGAGACAGCUGACCUCGGUGAAGGCGACAUUAUUCACACCGUUCCUGGAAACCUACCCUGCCGCUGGGUAAUUCACUGUGUGUGUUGUCCAUGGAAAGAAACUGCUGAGCAAAAACAGGUUGGCAGGAAUGAACAAAGUCGCAUUUUGUUAAACAUAGGGAUUGAAUAAACCCUGUUUUUGGUUUUUAUUAAUCUCAUAAGCGAGGUCAGGACUACAUAAUAUUCUCAUUGAGGUUCGUCAUUGAAAACAAGUGACAUCGCAGGUCCAGAACUAAUUGACACUUGCUAAUUCGAAUAAUAAACCUGUGAAACUACUCUGUCUUGACGUUUAUGGGAUUCCUUCGCAAAAUCCACGAAGCCAGGGCACUGGGAUUUGUCGAUAAUGCUCAGCCCUAGCUGUUUAGACGAUUUCUGUGGAAAAGGGGUGGUUCAUUGAGUCCGGCCCUUCUAUGCUACUUAAGAUAUAUUUGUUUUGAUAGAAACGAGUUAAUUUCGCUUAAGUAAUUAUGUGCAGUCAUAUUAAUGAACCGAAGACUAUCUGUUUGGACUACCUUCGUAUUUCAACCAAUGGCCGAAGGUAUCAAGGAGCCCUCACAGUGAAUGUCGGCCGUAAUAUUGAAAGUAUUUCAAAUAAAUAAUUAAAUAAACAAGCAUGUGCUAUCGAAACUAAAAAUAACCCACCUGUUUACAGGGUUCUUGCUUGGUCCAAACUCAUGUUACCUCUUUGGUCCAACAGAUUCUCAGAGAUUUGUUGCGGAAGUGUUUUGACAAAGCUUCUUUGCUGGGGGCGAGCACUAUUGGUCUACCACUGAUAGGAACGGGUAACCUUGGUUUCCCGUAUGACGUCGCUGUCCAAAUUAUGAUAGAAGCUGCUCUUGAUUACAGUCAAGCAAACCCAGACUCACCUCUAGAGGAGUUCAGAUUCAUUGUGUACUGCGGUGACCAGCUUGGCAUUACAGAGUUUGAAGAAAAGUUUAGAAAGUUUAAGAAAGAAAACUAUUCAAAGCCAAGGCCCUCUAGACGUCCAGCUGACCUGCGAAAAAGACGCCGGAUGACCCCUGUAUCUGAAUUUAGUUGUAAAGAGGUUUACCUCGAAGGACUUACGGUGAAGCUUGUAAAAGGAGACAUCACGCAGGAAUUUUCCGACGCAAUCUGCAAUGUAGUAACCCAAGACCUUGACAUGGAAAGUGGCAACUUAAGCAAAGUCAUUGCUGAGGUCUGCGGCGAAGUGGUGCAAAGAGAGCUACGUUCAAAAGCACCGCAGCGUCCAGGAGAAGUUUUGAUGACCUCAGCUGGAUUGUUAUCAACCAAGAAUAUUAUACAUAUGGUUGUAGUAUCUGGAAACAAGAAGCAUCUUCAGGCAUGUGUAGAGAAAGCCCUUAAGGUGGCUGAUUCCGAAGGGUUGGAUUCGGUGUCCAUUCCAGCGGUUGGUAGUGGAGGAUUGGGAUUAUCCCCUGAGGACUCGGCAGAAGUAGUUUUUAAAGCAAUCGCUGCGUUUGCUGACAAACCUUCCCAAUCCGUUUAUGACGUGAGAGUUGUGGUCUUUGACGACUCCAAAAUUGGUGCAUUUGUGAACGAGAUGGAAGACUUCCAAAGGGAGAACGCUCCUGUCAGUUGCUCCGAAGCCAACGAAGAGGUAGCAGAUGCAGCUUACAAUGACGAAACUCUGGAGGCCCCAGCGGAUGAUCUCCCUACAUAUUGGCGACGCCAAAAGGUAAUCGUUCAUGGGACCACAGAGUCCUUUGAAGCAGUAAUAGAAGCCCUAAAGGAUGGACUCAUAAAGGCAUGCAAGCAUCCGCGCGUUAUAAAACAUGAUGUCAUCAACCGUUUGUCCAAACGGUGUAUACGUGACCUAAAAAGAAUGGCACGUGCACGAGAUGUGAAAUUAGACCAACCAGAAGCCGAUACCAUCAGACUGGAAGGGCUUCCUAAAGAUGUGAUGGACAUAAACUCAGAAGUGUCCGAUGCCAUCGAUGAGCAGAGGGAACGAGAGCACAGGGAAGAGCGAGCAGAACAAACGUCCAAAACUGUUCAAUGGUACAUGGUCGACGUCUCAGGAAAACUGGAGCCUUUCGAAAAAAUGGCCAACAAUGAAAUAGACUCAGCAUAUAAAAGCAAGAAACCGUCGCUGCUUUUUACGCAUGAGGAUUUAAAGGCCGAAAUCAACUUUGGGACCAUGGAAGUUACAUUUUUGAGAAAUGGGAGGAUCAAGCAAGUCCAACGAAUAGAUGGUAAGAAAAUGCUAUAUUUAACUUUAGUCUGUUUAGCGUCUGUCAAAAUAGAAAAUGUCAAGUCAACGUAGAAAAAGUAACAAAUAGUAGAUCAACUACAAUGCUUUCAAACAGACCAUAAGACAACAAAAAAGGCAAUUAACCCCUGGAAAAAUACCACUGACAUACAACCAAAUUUUGUUUGUUCUGUUCAAACAUCUUGGAUGCCAGACCCCAGGCCCAAGACUACAGUCGACAGUCCUUAGACUGAAUUCAGAUCCAGGGCCCAGUUGUUCGAAAGCCGGUUAGCGCUAACCCAGGGUUAAAUUUUAACCCAGGUUUCUUUGUUUUUGUUGUUCAAAAGCAUUUUUCAGGAUAAUUUUCUCUAUUCUUUUUAGAGCAUCAAAUCAUCAAAUUGUGGACAAAUAGAAUAAAACUGAAUUUGCUUUUUGAGCUGUCAUAUCUGAAUUGAAAUUUUACACUAGCCCUGGGUUAUCUUAAUCCUGCUUUGAUCAACCCAGCCCUGGGCCCAGUUGUUCCAACGCCGGUUAGCGCUAACCCAGGGUUAAAUUUGAACCAGGGCUUCUUUUUCUUUUCAUCAAAAGCACUCUCUAGGAUAAUUUUCUAUAUUCUUUUUAGAGUAUCAAAUUGUAGGCAAAGAGAAUUAAACUGAAUUUGUUUUUUAAGCUCUCAGUUCUGAGUUCAAAUUUCGCACUAACCAUGCGUUAUCUUAACCCACCUUCGAACAGCCCGACCCUGCACUCUAAAUUCUAACUUUUGCAUGGACUUUUCGUGUGUAGCCAAAUAAAACAACGACAGCAAUCAAAGCAUCAGACUGAUAAAAUUUAAGACUUCAGAAUGACUGUACUGCUUUGGUUAAACUCGUGGCCUUUUUGGAAUGGUCGAAAUCUGCUGGAAGUAUAUUUAAACGAUUUCACAUUGCCUGCCCCCCCUUCCCCCCCCCCCUUUUUUUGAAACAUUGUGAACACUUACGAUGAGGUAUAAAAAGACAAAUUCGAUGUUAAUUGUAGAUUUGAAAUUAAAUGAGGAAUGAACAUCGUAGGCACCAGCAAAAGUUAGAAAAUUGCAAAAAGGUCUAAAAAGAAUUCAAGGUUCUGACGGGACGUCGACAUAUCAGGUACUUCCUCGUUGCUACAUUACCAUUUGAACUCUGAGUUUGUAUCAAGCCACUGACGUCGGUCAGAUCCAACAAUUUAUCGGGCUUUUCACUAAGUUCCAUAACAGGAAUGAACAUAGAUUAAGUAUAUAAAACUGAAAAAAUUCUACUGUUAACUAUAGAGGUAAAAAUCAACAAAGUGAUCAUCGCGGUUGUUCAGCCUACUAACUUUUUUAUUUUCUAGUUGAUUUUCUCCCGCUAAUGAUUUUACAGUGAGCUCCGUGAGAGAAAAUAUUUAACUCACAAGAAGACAUUUGUUUUUAAUUAGUCUAUCCUCUCCCUGAUGAAUGGGACCCCCAGCCUCGAGACGAGCGCGGUAAAGAAGAGACUCUGCAUUUGGUCAGCCUUGCACAGGACUCCCAAGAGUUCAAAACGGUCGAAGAGAAGUUUCUUCAGUCGCUGCGUGGGAAAGUCUCCAUAACCAACAUAGAAAGAGUUCAAAACCCAUCGCUGUUUAACGCAUACGCUGUGAGAAAACAAACUAUGGAUUUGAAAAACGGCCCCCAUGAAAAUCAGCUGAAACUUUUCCAUGGAACAAAGUACGAAUCUUUUAAGCCCAUAAACGUGCAAGGAUUUAACAGGAGUCUGUGUGGUAAAAAUGGUGAGUCAGGCAUAAAGUGUCCUUUUUUUUAGCUAGCAGCAAAAUGAUCAAAGAGUAACUAACCUUUCCUAGGGGGCAACAUAAGGGCUAAGAAAACAAGCAUGCAGGCACAAACACAGUUCCCUAUUUUCCUGCUCCUUAUUAACACGGUCAAACGACAAAAAAUUCCACCACUUCUGUGCUCAACGGCAGUAAUUUUUCUAAGUGGGAAACACUGUUUGUAUCCCACACGGGAUGCAUAUGAAUUUAGUUGCUAUUAUGUGACCAUGAAAUAGCCAAUGGCUGCGAAGCGAUUGAUCAAGAGACAAACAAGCUAGAGCUUUACUGAUCGGUGAGCCACACAUGACGCUAGUCAUACAUAAACCCCCCAAUGGGAGUUAUUAUAUUCUAUUUGUUAGAACUAAUGAUGGGCCGCGGCAUUUAGAGCUGUCUUCUCUUGAGAAAGCCCUUAUGUUGUCAUUACAGAUCAAUUUAGGUUUAUGGGAAACUGCCCACCUACCCCUCCAGUGAAAGCCAUCAUUUUGCCCUAAAGCCUUGUUUUCACUAGUGCAUAAGCAGAAGCAUAAGCACAAGCACAUGUGUAAGCAAGUGAAACUGGGUCGACAUAAGCAUAAGCAAAAGAACAAGAAAAACGGACAACUUCAUUCUCCUUGUGCUUGUGCUUGUGCUUAUGUCGUAGCUUAAACUAGUGAAAACUGGGUCGACAUAAGCACAAGCAUAAGCACAAGGCCGUGGACCAAUCAUAGGUCACUUUGACCCAGACCUUAUGUGAAUAUAUCAAAAGCAAUAUGGCGGACGCUUCGUCGGCUAUCUUGUAUAUCAUCGGGUUGAGGAGAGCUGGUAUUGAGAAUUGAGUCAAAUAUGCCAUUCUGCGCGUGCGUAUAUGCCCUUAUGCUUAUGAUUAUGAGCUAGUGAAAACCAGGCUUAAGUGAGAACUAAGUGUUAUUAUUUGCAUAGGGGAGGGGUAGGUUGGCAGUCUCCCAGAAGCCUGAAUUGCAUGAUUCGUCAUUACAACCUAGUUCCUCAGUGCCAGUGUAAAAGGUACAAAGUGGCUGUUUAUUAAUUCCUGUAAAGGCUAAAUUAAUCAUCCAAAUAGAAAGAGAAGAGAUUGUUUACAUCCUCAACCGCAGAGGAAGUCAGUUCAUCGAGAAAAGGUUUUAUUGAAUUUUGUAAUUCAGGUACUUGUAGCUCAUUACUAUGCAAAAACUCACUUACAAACCAAGUGAUGGCGCUCUGAUAUGUUUGUUUGCAGCGACGGCCUACGGCGAUGGUGUUUACUUUGCAAAAGAUGCCAGUUACUCGGAGACAUAUUCACAACCAGGCCCUCACGGUGAACGCUGCAUGUACCUGGCGAGAGUGCUUGUUGGGAAGUACACCGCUGGAAAUCAAGGAAUGAAGAGGCCACCCCCAAUAGAUCCCAACAAACCAGAAAUUCUUUACGACUCGGUCGUCAACAAAAAGGACGAUCCGACUAUUUUUGUGAUUUUUAAUGAUUUCCAUUGCUAUCCCGAGUACAUAAUAACAUUCAAGAAACCGUAAAGAGUAGUUAAAUUAGCCCAUUCGGGUGGUUGGUAAUUGAGGUUAUUUUAACGAGUAUCAUCCUGCACUACCUAUAGAUAAUUAGAGUUUCAAAUACAUGUAUUCAUUGUUGGGCUGCCUGGGCAACCCAAUCAUAAUUUGGGCUUCGUCUUCAGGGUCGCAAAAAGACAAAAUGGCGGACGGACCACGUUUCCCGUCCCCCCUAUGAUUGGGCACCUUUUUUGACUAUUGAGGAGAGGAUGGGUCAUUUUAUUCAAAAUAUUUUCUGUUUCUGAUUGGCUCAAAUUCUCCGGCUAAUAACCAGCUAGCGUUGACCAAAUAUGGUACACGCUUACGUAUAUCCGCGGUAAAAGAACAUCAAUAGGGAGCUUAAGCAAAGGCGUUUUGGGGGGACGCACGUCAACUGGAAUUGAGACCUUUACUCUUAGCCACAAGUUGCUCGGCAACGUUUCGGCAACUUUUGAUUUUUUUUAGCAUUUUACUUUUUUCGCGACAUUUAUUAGCUUUCGAAAGAAACGUCAGCUAAAUUCAACUGGUUUAUACUACUGUGUGAGUGUGUGGACUCCAGGACUGGCCCAAUCAUCAAUGCCAGCUUGCACGCCUUUCCGCGAGUUCAGUGGUAUCACAUGACACGUUUUUCAAGACGGCGGACUGUCAUCAGGCCCGAUUAAUCCUAUUGAGGAAGCUAAAAGGCUGGGGGCAAAUUUCGCUACCCCGAGUUAGCUAAAAUGGCUAGAGAAAAAAAAUCCAGACGAAUCCGGUCAGUAAAAUCUGCAAUAAACCAACUUCACGUGCAAACAAGUAAAAUAAAAUAGCAACUAUUCGGCAACUUUUUCGGAAUUCAGCAACUUUUCGAAAACUUUAAAAAUAAAAUAGCAACUUUUAGACACUUUUAUUGGCAACUUUUUGGGAAUUUAUCGGCAACUUAUGGCUAAGCUUAAUGACUUUACGCUACCAAAUAUGUAUCGCUAAGUGCCUUUAUUCUUAUAGAGGCGAUUUGGCCGAGAAUUUGGGCUAAACCACUGUCCAUGACUAAAUUAAAAAGGUCCAUUUCCGGUUGACGUGCAUCCCUCAAAAUCGUGUUUGCUUCAGCUCCCUAAUAGUUCAGCCUAUCGCCAAAAGAGGGACGGCAAACCUAAAGCCUUGUGGGAAGCUCAGCUAGCUCAGUUGUCUUCAUAGGGCUGGGGAUGAUUGUGGAAAAUUUCACACGUUUUGUCUGCAAGAAAUAGCCGAACUUCUGCCCAAAAAUAAAAACAUAUAGUAGAAAAGCGAAAUUACUACCCAACGGAUGACAAUUGAUAUUUGAAGAAUAUCUUUGGAAAUUAGAGAAAGAAGGAAGGCUGACAUCUGGGAAUAUAAUUUUUUGCCAAUAUUUUGAAAGGUGCGCCUUUCUUCUCCAGGGUCUUUGCUUUAUGUUGUUUUAUAUUUUAUAGAUGAUUAGAUCCUCUGUUGGGAUCCGCUUCUUAAUUUUUUGUAACGUUGUUCCUUGCUUCCAAAACUAAAGUCUUAGACUUAAGUAAACAUCCUAUUAUCAUCUGAAUUUGCCGAGGGACAGACAAAUGAAGACCAGAACUUUACAUCGAUCGAGGUAAGCUUAAUGAUUUGAAGUAUGUCAGAAUUAUUUUUUUGAAUUAUCAAUAACUAAAAAUUAUUGGAUUAUGCAGAUCUUAGAGGGUGUUAUCGGUCCAGGAAGAUUAAACAAAUGCCCUCGAGGAUCUGGAUAAUUCUUCAGAUCAUACGAAUGCCGAAUCCCGAAUCUAAUAAUUACUGAAUUAUUCCCUCAUUCCACGCCAGUGAGCAAGAAAAGAGGCCGAGUCUCUAGUGGACAUUCUUAUCAUCGUCACCUGAGCCUCGCGUUGGUUCUUUUGUUGACAGGAAUUCCGGGAAGGUGUAAGGUAUUAGGGUACCAAAACCGAUAACACUCUAAUCUAAGUAGAUUUCAGUGAAAUGUUUAGCCGCAUUCAGAAAUGAGAAUAAUUAUAGCAGGAUUAGCUACAGAUCUAGAUAUCCCCGUUAAGUUAGUACUUGUAUGAUGAUCAUGCUCUAUACCACUUUCGAUCCAGCCAGCCAAAAAAAAUCAAAUGUUGACGACAGGGAAUCUCCAUAUUGCUUUUUUACGCUCAGAUUUUUCCGCGCACCGCCAUUUAAGAAUUUUUUGACGUCGUGUGGUCUUAACGCUAUGUGUUGAAAUUUCUUUUGAAAGUCAACGGCUGGAUCCAAAUCAGACUUCCUUCAAUCAUAAUGGUGGUGGGCACAAUAGAAAAAACUAUAUAUAUGUACAUACAUUUCAUGGUAAUCAGCUCCCGAUUUCAUCUCCUUCUUUACUGAUAGUGUUUGCUAAGUGGGCAGGUCCCUAUCAGGAAAUGUUCACUGUGAACGAUGCAAAGAGACUAA